AGUACCCUUGUUAGUUUGUUAUCUCAGCUGAUAAAUAUGGUAAACAAAUAGUUAUGAUUAGAAUCCAAAAAUUUAUCAAGGUCAAUAGGUAAAUGCUUGGAAUUUUAAUGAGUAUAAUUUACUCUAAGGUUUGAUUAACAUGGCUAACACGACAAUUUUGUAUGGAUACUGGUUGUCUUCUUGUACAUGGCGAGUGCGAGUUGCGAUGCAUCUGAAGAAUAUGGCAUUUGAAGAACGGUCAAUAGACAUCGUGCGAGAAAAGGCACAAUUAACUCCGCAGUUCCGAGCCAUUAAUCCAUCCCAAAAAGUUCCUGCUUUAUUUGUUGAUGGUGCUACAAUCGUGGAGUCGAUGGCAAUUAUUGACUAUCUAGAUGACACACGACCCGAUCCACCCUUGAAACCCAGUACACCAUUACAAAGAGCCCGCAUGCAAGAAAUCUGUGAGAUUGUUGUUUCCGGUAUCCAGCCACUUCAAAACAUUGGAUUAAAGAGCUAUUUCGAGACCGACGAUAAGUAUACGGUAUUCACAAAACACUGGACAGAGCGUAGACUUCAAAGCCUUGAGGAACUUUUGAAAAAUUCUGCUGGGGCUUAUAGUGUUGGGGACCAAAUGACUAAGGCUGAUCUUUGUUUGGUCCCACAAGUGUAUAAUGCUGUUACAAGGCACAAAUUGGAUCUCGGCAAAUAUCCGAUAGUCUCCAAAUUGUAUGAAAAACUAUUAAAAGAAGAAAGUUUCAGGAAAACGCACCCAAUGAUAGUUAAGGACCAGAAGAAAUAAAGGUUACCAACUUUGUUAUAUAAAUAUGGGUUAGGUAUAAGCAAUAUUUUUUUAAAUAUCAACGUUGUACUUUUAAAAGCUAUAAAGUGAAUUAUAUAAUUAGUGUUA